AUGAAUCGAAGUUGGAUUCAAGCACCAUGCAUCAGUGACGAGUAUGAAAAGGGGGUUGAAGAUUUCUUGCAGUUUGCGCAACAACAUGCACCAGUGUUCGGUGGAAAUUAUUUAUGUCCAUGUGUUAACUGUGUCAAUGGAAGGCAUCAGUCAUUAGAUGACAUCAGAUCACAUCUUAUUUGUGACGGCUUCAGUCUGAGUUAUACAAAUUGGAUAUGGCACGAUGAAUUGCCAGAUAUGUCAACAACCGCCAACACUGAAUCACAACAUGUCCAAAUCAAAGAUCGAAUGGAAGAUAUGAUACGCGAUCUUGGGCAAAAGGGUUUUUUACAUGCUCAUGCACCCUAUUAUGAAGAAUUACAAAUAGAUUCAAAGCUCCCAUUGUACUUGGGGUGCACAACCUAUACUCGGUUAUCUGUGGUGCUAGCUUUGGAGAACUUGAAGGCCAUAUUUGGGUGGAGUGACAAAAGUCUGACAGAGUUGCUUGUGUUAUUGAAGAAUAUGCUACCUAAUGAAAACACAUUACCCAAAAGUCACUACGAUGCAAAGAAGAUAUUAUGUCCUGUGGGUAUGGAGUACCAGAAAAUUCAUGCAUGUCGUAAUGAUUGUAUAUUGUAUGGAAAUGAGUUUGCGGAAAUGCGGAAUUGCCCAACAUGUGGGGUAUCACGAUACAAGGUGAACGACGGGGAAAACAAUUAUGAUGUAGGCACAAACAACAAUCAUCCAAUAAAGGUUUGUUGGUACCUUCUCGUUAUACCAAGGUUUAAGCGAUUGUUGGCUAGUGCAGACGAAUCGUCAAACCAUAAAUGGCAUGCUUUUGGCAGAAUAAAUGAUGGGUUACUCUGA